AUGAGUGUAACAAACCAAACAACAGUGACAGAGUUCAUUUUGCUUGGGUUUCCCGGUCCUUCCUCCCUGAAGCUCACACUGUUUGUGACAUUUCUCGCUGUGUACCUGCUCUCUUUCAUGGGAAACACCCUCAUCAUGUUCCUUAUUCUGAUGGAUUCCACACUCCAGACACCUAUGUACAUUUUCUUAGGUAAUUUGUCCUUCCUGGAGAUAUGGUACACUACAGCCACUGUGCCUAAAUUGCUGGCCACCUGCCUCUUAGAGACUGUCACCAUCCCUGUUUCUGGCUGUAUUGCUCAGUACUACUUUUUUUUCUCACUGGGGGCCACCGAGUGCAUCUUGCUGGCAGUAAUGGCCUAUGACCGUCAUGUUGCUGUAAAUCGUCCCCUGCACUAUUCAGUUCUCAUGAGUAUUGAGAUUUGCCUGCGGUUUUCUGCUGGCUCUUGGACUGGGGGCUUUAUCGCUCCUCUGCUACCCACCAUUCUCAUCUCUCAUCUAAACUUUUGUGGACCCCAGAAGAUUGACCAUUUCUUUUGUGACUCAGACCCCAUUUUUAAGCUUUCCUGCUCAGAUACAUUCCUGGCAGAGGCCUUGGGCUACACAUGCAGCUCUGUAGUGAUUCUAACUUCUUUUCUUGUCACUAUGUCCUCCUAUGGCAAGAUUGUGGUCACAAUAAUCAAGCUGUCUUCCAGGGAGGCCCGGAAGAAAACGUUUUCAACCUGCGCUUCCCACCUCACAGUGGUUACUAUCUACUACGGCACCAUCAUCUUUGCCUACGUCCGCCCUCCGGCCAAGUACAACUUCACCAUUGGUAAAGUGAUCUCUGUGUUCUACUGUGUGGUGACACCAUUAGUAAACCCUCUUAUCUAUACGCUAAGAAACAAAGAUGUGAUGAAAGCUUUCCAGAAAUUUCUAGCACAAAAGAGAUUUCUCUUGACCAGAAAUAUGCACAAGUUUUGA